ACUCCUACUUUGUUAUGCUAGAGAAAGCGCAUAGGAAAUGGCGAAGUACUAAAAAAGGAGAAGAGGAGCUCUUGUUGGGUUAUCACAACUUUCUCGUUCCUCUCUCUUUCUCUCUCUAAACAACUCUUGCCCACUUUCUCUCUCUAUAUAUACACACACAGCUAUAUUCAUGUAUGUGAGGAACUGCUGCACACUUUGCUCUUGCUGAUAAUUUGUUGGGUCCUGAGAUGAAAGUAUGUGUUUUCUAUUGGAGCUGAUAAAAGAUUGUAUCCAGCUACACCAUCAGCUUUGGUAUUUGUUGGACCGCCAAGAUGACCAUGAAUAAUCUGACUGUUGAAACUGUAGAUACAUUUGCUAGCUUGCUUGAACUUGCUGCCAAUAAUGACAUUGAGGCUUUCACGAGAUGGAUUGAGCGUGACUUAUCCAGUAUUCAUGAGGUUGGACAGUGGUAUGGGCGCCAAAAGGGUUCGAAGCAAAUGGUUCUUGAGCAUAGAACUGCAUUGAUGAUUGCUGCUACGUAUGGUAGUAUUGAUGUUCUAAAGCUGAUUCUGUCUGUGCCUGAUGUUGAUGUUAAUCGUUCUUGUGGACAUGAUAAGAGCACUGCCCUUCACUGUGCCGCGUCUGGUGGAUCUCUGAAUGCUGCAGAAGCCGUCAAACUUCUCUUGGGAGCCGGUGCUGACCCAAAGUCUAAAGAUGUCAAUGGCCGUUGCCCUAUUGAUGUAAUAGUUGUAUCUCCUAACUUUCUUUCGGUUAAAUCAAGCCUAGAAAACCUUCUGAAGACUGAUGGUAUCAGGGACUGCGAGCUUAGGGUGCCAAUAGCCACUUCAAACUCAAAUUCCCCUCCGCAUUCGCCUUCUCGUGGAAAUAGAUCACCAUCUUCUGCUUCAGACUCAAAUUCUUCCCCAAAGAGUGCAAAGUCCAAUGACACCCCUGUGUAUUCUAUACCAGAAAAGAAAGAAUACCCUAUUGACCCCUCCUUGCCUGACAUAAAAAACAACAUCUACUCUACAGAUGAAUUCAGGAUGUUCUCAUUUAAGAUCAGACCUUGUUCUCGUGCUUACUCGCAUGAUUGGACUGAAUGUCCAUUUGUCCAUCCAGGCGAAAAUGCUCGAAGAAGGGAUCCUAGAAAGUACCACUACAGCUGUGUACCUUGCCCUGAGUUUCGCAAGGGAGCUUGCCAACGUGGGGACAUGUGUGAAUACGCUCAUGGAGUUUUUGAGUGUUGGCUGCACCCUGCUCAAUAUCGAACUCGCCUUUGCAAAGACGGUACAGAUUGUAACAGAAGAGUUUGCUUCUUUGCUCACACGCAAGAGGAACUACGACCGCUUUAUGUCUCUACUGGUUCUGCUGUUCCCUCACCUCGAGGGAGUACUGCUGCCAAUGCUAUGGAUUUUGCUGCAGCCAUGGGCCUCAUACCUGGUUCUCCUUCCUCGGUCUCUGUCAUGUCACCAUCACCUUUCUCACCUCCAAUGUCUCCCUCUGCUAAUGGCAUUUCAAGCAUGGGUUGGCCCCAGCAAAAUGUCCCUGCCUUGCACCUUCCUGGAAGCUUUCUCCAUUCCAGUCGCUUGCGGUCAUCGCUCAAUGCUAGAGAUAUACCUGCUGCAGACCUGAAUGCUUAUCCAGAUUUUGAUGUGCAACGGCAGCUCCUAAAUGAGUUUUCUUGCCUAUCCCAGCGCAACAUGAGUUCUAAUUCUUUUAACUGUUCACCUCGUCAGAUGAGCCAUGCCCGAGCAAAUCUUGAGGACUUAUUUUCUGCAGAGAGCUCAUCUCCUAGAUACUCUGAUCAAGCAUUAGCUCAAGCUGGUUUUUCCCCUACUCACAAGUCAGCAGUUUGCAGUCAAUUGCAGCAGCAGCAGAGCCUGUUAUCUCCGAUUAAUACGAAUUUCUCACCAAGAAAUGUUGAUAAUCCUCUAUUGCAGGCCUCAUUUGGAGUUCCCUCAUCGGGGAGAAUGUCUCCCCGAGCAAUGGAGCCAAUCUCACCAAGAAGUCCCCGUGUCUCAAUACUUGCUCAACAUGACAAGCAGCACCAAUUUAGAAGUUUCAGCUCUCGUGAUCUUGGCUCCAAUGUUUCUGCUAUUGUUGGGUCGCCGGCAGAUACAUGGGGUACAGCUAUGGGAAAGCCAGACUGGGCUGUCAAUACUGGAGAGUUCGGUAGGCUAAGGCGAUCAUCAUCAUUUGAGCUUGCUAACAAUGGAGAAGACCCGGAUAUUUCAUGGGUUCAAUCUCUUGUCAAGGAAUCACCACCAGAGAUGAUGAAGGAUAAAUGUGUUCCUCAUGUCUCUGGACCGACAGGUGCUGUUGCAGAUCUUGGUGAAGGCCCUACGUCAAGCUCCCAGAUCGAUCAAUCUGAUCAACUGAGUGCAUGGAUGGAGCAAAUGAAGCUUGAUCAGUGAAUGGCUCUGUAUAACAUCCUAAUUCUUUAUUUUACCUAGUCUUGAUAUCUUCAAAAAGUAAGGUUCUGGUAGAUAGUAACUGCAUUUGAUUCUAAUGUUCUCGUCGUGUUUUCUUGGAAGCAAGGCAACUGUGAACAGAAAAACAACAAGCAGAGAAAGGAGGUCCAAAUUUCUUAAGAACAUUGACUUUUCAUUUUUAUUUGAAUUUAUUAUUUAAAGCAGGUAAUAGGAGAAUGGACCAUUGAGAAAUGAUACCUAGCAUAGGUGAUUUUUCUCCUGUAUUAUUGUUUAAUGUAGUCUAAUUAUUCAGAGAAGUUUUGCCUUAUUUCAUUGUACUGAUAUCAAUGGUUGAUCUUUGUGACAAUUCACCAUUCACAUGAA